AUGGAACAGGGGAGGAAGAACAGGGGUCAAACCUGUAAUGUGAAGGAGAAGGGAUUGGAGGAAGGUGAGGGCGGGACGGAGGGGGGUGCAGUGGCACAGGGGACCGCAACUGCUGGUGGUUGCUCGGCAGACAGAGAGGUGCGGCCUAGGGCUGGCGCAGAGCAGGGCAGCACGAAACAGGGAGAGGGGAAGAGCAAUGUAGAAGAAAGAGAGAAGAAAAAGGAAGAGAGAGAUGGAGGGAGGGAGAGAGGUGACGGCGGCGGGGCUGGGCGGUUGGUUGUGGGGUGGAGGGACGAAGGGGCUGAGAGGGAGGGUAUGUAUGGUAGUGGUAUGGCUGGUGGGGGGGGGAGGUUAGGUAUGAGAGAAGAAGAAGAAGGGGUUGGAGAAAAGUGA